UGUUGUUUUGACAGGGCUCUGCAUUUUUGAGCCGGGACUUUUUGUCGAUAAUUCAUGAAAUAAAACCCCGAUCGUUUAGAAGAAAGCAAAAAUUAUGAGUAGUAUUCUCAGUGAGAUGGACUGGGAUGAAGGCUUCGCCAUGCCCGUGGCGAAUGCCGAGAAUAAGCAACUUGAAGAUGAGGUCCAGAGAAAACAGCGGGAGAUUGUUGCAAGUCAGAAUGAGCUCAGUAACAUUGAGGACCGCGUCAUCGCAAUGAUUGAGCAUUUGAAACAUGUUCGCCAAGAACUACAACAUACACAGAAUCUAGUCGGCGCCAGGACGAAAGAAAUUGAAACUGAAGAUCACAUGUUUAAAAUCGCGGACCGAGAGGAUGGCCGCCUUCAGCAAGAGAUUCAGAGACUAACCAAGGAUCUUGAAGACCUCAAGGAGAAGAAGAAUAUAUAUGAGAAUAACAUCUUCAAACUGACGCAACGUCUUGAGGAAAUGAAAUCACAGAUGAACUGGGACCAGCAGGCUUUGGAAGCUUGGCUCGAGGAGUCCGCACGAAAAGACGAAGACGCCAUGACGCUUGCAAAAUAUACGCGUCAUGACGAGGGUAAAAUUAAAGAAUUAUCUCUUCGUAUGGAACACCUGACGGAAGAAUCACAGAAGAAGAACCACGGCCUGGAACACGAGACGACAAACACACUGACAGCUCAGUUGGAACUCGAUAAAACGGCUGAGGAAUUCCGUCGUGCUCACGCUGAAAGGCAGGAGCUGAUUAAACAGUGGGAGUACACCAUUGAACAGAUGCAGAAACGAGACAAGGAGAUGGACGCGCUUGCUUUGCAAUUAGCAAAUGUCAAGGAAGAUGUCAGAAAGAGGGAAGAUAUGAUAAAAGAGAAACAGCAAUUCUUAGACGAUGAGAUCGAUAACAACAAGGAUUUUGAAAAGAAGAUCUCGAUGGCGGAACGGACUGCUGCCCGCAUCAGGAUUGAGUGGAAAGAAGCUGAGGAGGCGAGGUCUCAAUUUCAAGAUGAGCUUGAUGCUCUGAAACGUACGGUCGACCGAACGGCAGUCGAUUUGGAAGCGACCAGAGCUAUUGUAACCCAACUGAAACGAGAGGUACAAGAUAAAGCGCAGAAACUAAAACAGGCCCAGGAAAUCAGGGAGAAACUUAUAGAGAAAUUGAAAAUGGCGAACGAGGGAGAGUUAACCGCAGAGGAACGGGCUGCGGCCAUGGAACAGAUCCUACUGGAGGAGGAGAAAAUCCAAAAAGAAAUCGACACCGAUCUGAAGCGCCUGCACGAUAUCCAGUUCAGGAAGACGCAGGAUUUGUAUGACUCUCGAAACAAGGAGACCAAUAUGAAUGCAGAGAUCCAAGGCAGUCGUGCCGCCAUUCGUAACCUGAACGCCAAGAUCACCAAAGUUGAUCACGAUUCCCUGAAGCAACAGGAGAUUAUCUAUAAUCAGGAUUUUGCCAUCCAGCAGUUGGAAAGACGGAUUAAUCGUAUGCAGGGUGAGCGCUCCAAUGAGGAGAAGAUCCAACUCGAGGCCAAAAUACGCGAACUCACUGAGGAACUCGACUCAAAGAAUUCCACGUUUGCUCUGCUAGAUAUUCAGUUGAAGAGACUUCAGGAUGAUAUUCGACGAGUGAAACGUGAUCUGGAAAAGAGCGGUAAAGAAAAAGCAGAUCUCACCUCCAAGAUUGAAGAGCUGACCUUGUACAACGACAGCUCACAACGCGAACUGAAGCGCCUGAUCAAUGGCAAGCAAGAUCGCAUGGUGGAUGAGAAUAUCCUCAAGUUGGAGUUGAAGAGAUUGCGUGAUAAUCUAAAUAACCGGGCCGAUGAGGUGAUGUCACAGGAGAAGAGGAAACUACAACUGGAGACAGCCAUGAAAGAACGCCGUCAUGAAAUCAAUAUCCACACAGACAUGCUGACAGCCCAGCUUCGAGCAGCCGACACAGAACGCCAACAGAUCAGCUCAGAGCUUCAUGAGAGAAUCUCAAAGAUUGACAAGCUGAGGAAGAGGUAUGAAAUCUUGAUGGUAGCAAUGGCACCCCCUGAGGGCGAAGAAGAUAAAUCACAAGCGUACUACGUGAUCAAGGCAGCGCAAGAGAAGGAGGAACUGCAGAGGGAGGGAGACGAUCUAGACGCUAAGAUACGCAAGGCAGAGAAGGAGAUUCGUGCCCUUGAAAACACCCUCAGGCUGAUGAACAGUCGUAACGAGCAGUACAGGAAAAGCUUUAAUAAAGUCACUGAUACAAGUGAAGAGAUGGAAGAGAAGCAGCAACUGGAUGAGCAGCUCCGUGCAGUGAUGGAUAAGUAUAAAUACAAGAGGCGACAGAUCAGGGAGUGUCAGGAGGACCUGCAGACCAUGAGCCAUACCUUAGAUAACCUCAACAGGGAUGAGAAGGCCUAUGUGGAAAUCAUUGAAGAAAAACAGAAUCGAAUCCUGCAGCUAAAUAGAGAACUUGAUGAACAGAAGUCAAAGAUGGACCGUGUUGGCCGCCAGCUGUCUAAAUACUCUCGGGAAGUACGCGCUGCUGCCAAGUUGAAGAAUGAUACGCCUGAGGAACGUGACUUCGAGCUACGUGAACUUCGUGAGUUCAACAAGGGCGUCAUGAGACAGAUCGGUGAGGUGGCUCAUCAGAAUCCAGACAUCGCACAGGCAGUGCAGCUUUAUUUCACACAGGCCAACUUGCCACCCCCGCCUGCCCCAGGAGCCGUGCCGUUCAGUUCCCGUCCAUCCAGUUCCAGAAGCAGCCUGUCCUCAGUGAGGAGCAGCCUGGCCAGUCCUAAGAGCUCCAUCUCAGCAGCCAGUGGUGUUACUCCAGUCAAUAUUGGUGCAGAUUUAGGAGGGACGCCACCAGGCAGCAGCCGUAGCAGCCAGAGCUCUGUCAGAAGCCGUGCCAGCAGCAAGAGGAGUGGACGAUAGGGGGAGGGGCACAUGUUAGAUCGAAAUUGUCUCUAUGAAAAAUAACAAAAAAGACUUAUGUGAAAUUAGUGUUUUAAGAAUCACCGUCCAUAUUUUGAGGUUCUAGCCAUUUGCAUCCGACCAGAAGAUAAGCUUGUUUGUUUUCCUUCCAAACCGUCCUAUUGCAAUUUUAUCAUUUGUGGCCAACUGUGAUAGAUAUUCCAAUGCGUUGCAUAAACUUGAGAUUCAAUCCGGCCCCGAGUUGGCAAGGACAGCUUGUGUUGGACACUUCUUGGCUGCACAGGCAAGUUUCCGUCCUAGAAUCUAUGAUGAAGGAUAAUCAUGAUAACAUCUAUGAUGGGCCAUUAUAGAAACUAUGUCUGUGAUUUGUGAUUAUUUCAGUGUGGAUGCCUCCUGCCUGAUGCAAGUUGAGAUCUUACUGCAAACUGGGUCAGGAGCCAUAUUGACUUUAGGCCCUGUUGGGGAUUAUAUGAACUAUGCUUAGUGAUGUAUAUUGUUGUAUAAAGUGUUUUAUACUUGUGAAGUGUUGGAUGCUAAUAAACCAUAGCUAAACA